AUGGCAACUGAAAAGGACAGUUCACCUGACAAGCUAAAACUGAAGACUGAAGUAGGGCUGCUGGGUGGAGUGUCUCUCAUUGCAGGCGUUAUGGUUGGAUCUGGAAUCUUCAUGUCUCCUCAGUAUGUGCUGAUUUAUAUAGGUAGUCCAGGUGCAAGUCUGUUAAUAUGGGCUGCUAGUGGAUUGUUGGCCAUGCUAGCUUCUUUGUGCUAUGCUGAAUUAGGAACUGUGAUCCGUGAAUCUGGAGGAGAGUAUAUUUACAUCUUGCGCACUUCAGGAAAUAUCAUGGCUUUUAUAUGCGCCUUCACCAAUAACAUUGUGUUGAGACCAACCAGCAUGAUUGCAGUGGCACUGAUUUUUGCCCAAAAUGCCCUUACACCUUUUUAUGAUGAUUGCCCACCACCAAAUGGAGCAGUAAAAUGUUUGGCAGCCCUAGGGAUUAUGGUAUUGACAGUUGUCAACUGCUUUAAUGUGCGCUCCUCAAUCACAGUCACAGUAAUAUUUACAGCUAUGAAAGUACUGGCACUUAUAAUAAUUAUGAUUGGAGGAGUUGUGCUACUUAUUCAAGGGGACACCUCGAACAACCUCCAAAACUUCUUUGAAGGGACCAAGCUGAGCAUCAGGCCCAUGGGAAUAGCAUUUUACCAGUGUUUGUGGUCCUAUGAUGGCUGGAAUACUUUAAACUAUGUUACUGAGGAGAUCAAUCAUCCUGAGGUGAACCUGCCAAGGGCACUGAUGAUAGCUAUUCCCAUGGUAACGAUGCUGUACCUACUAGUCAAUGUCAGUUAUCUAGUUGUCAUGACACCCACAGAGAUGAUAUCAUCCAGUGCAGUGGCUGUCACUUGGGGGAAUAAAGUAUUAGGAGGAUGGGGCUGGGUGAUGUCUAUUGCUGCAGCACUCUCAGCCUUUGGUUCUCUAAAUGGAUCCUUUUUCAGUGGAGGACGAGUGUGUUAUGUAGCAGCAAGGGAGGGACACAUGCCAGACAUCCUGGCCAUGGCUCACAUGUGCAGGCUUACUCCCUCUCCAGCCCUCAUUUUCAACACAAUCAUUGCUCUUAUUGUUCUCAUUCCGGGAGACUUCCAGGCCCUAGUGAACUACUUCAGCUUUGCUGCCUGGUUCUUUUAUGGGAUCACAGUAUCAGGUCUGCUGUAUUUGAAAAUCAAGAAACCUGAUAUUCCGCGGACAAUUACGGUACCUAUAAUUAUUCCCAUCCUGGUGUUGCUGGCCGCAGUGUUCCUGGUACUGGCACCCAUCAUUGAUGACCCUCAGAUUGAGUACCUCUAUGUGACCCUCUUCAUGCUGAGUAGCAUUGUGAUUUACAUCCCUUUCAUUCAUUUGAAACUGUUCCCAGGAUUGUUAAAUAAACUCACAGUCUUCCUUCAACUGUUCCUAGAGGUAGCACCAACUGCCAAAAACCUGUAA